AUGGUGCUCAACAUCCCCGAGAAUGGCGUCUCAAUUGAGAGCUCGGCCCAGGCGAUGGCCGAGCUCCCGAACCAGGCAUUCGCCAUUGCGUUGAGCCCGAGUGUUAUUGAAGAUAUGAUCCUCUGCGUCCAAAAUGGCGGUGAUAUCCAGUUGGCGUUGGGAAGCGCCCCGAAAUUCCGGUUCGACGACCACGAGGUUCGGAUACCCAAGACUUCUGAUCCAUCCGGCUACGACCUUUUCAGGGCCACUUCUGAGAAGCCUUCCAGAGUUACCAAGUUGCCGAAUCCGACCAUGUCUAUCUUCAAGAUUCCCAAAUGCCACCCCAUGGCCAAGGCCAUGAAAGCGUCCAGCCAGGGAGCGAAGGGCGAGCCCGGAAGCAAGAAAGCUCCGGCGAAAAGCACCAAGCCCGCCAACAAGCGUGCUGCGCCAUCUGCUAGAGACACAGACUCCCAGCGAACACCAGACCCUGCCACUGCACGGCUUGAGCGCUCACUUGCCAGCCUGGAAGCGGACAAGCGCGAGAACUCGUAUGGACCCAGUGAGGCAAUCCCCAAUGCACUGGCUGAUAUCGGUUAUAGCACGACCGUUGUCACUGGUCUAGCCGCUUCCAGGAAAGGGAAAUUGAAGGUUCCCAACAGAAGACUCCUUGAACCGCAAGCAGCUGCCUCGCCCAGAUCAUUACCGCCGAGUCCCGCUUUGAGUGCGAGUGGAUCCCCAUCUCUUCUGCCGUCCGGCGGCACGACACAAGAGAGGGUGAAGCAGCUGCGCUUUCCCAUCAUUCACGAGUUGGCAGUUCAGAACCUAUCCCGUCAGGAGCUCUUGGCGAAGUGGGACGAGGGGGCAGAGGAAGAGUUCGAUGCCAUUCUCAGCAAGGUGGCUGAUUUUGAUGCGGACUCCCAGAAGUGGGCACUGAAGAAGUUGUUUUGGAAGGAACUCGACGUCUUCGAGUACCGCUAUGCGCACGACGAGGAACGCGAGAAGGCGAUCAGGAACGCCAUAAAACAAUACGAUCGGAGUCGGCUAGGCACAUCGGACCCCCUCUGGCAGAAACUCCUCCCGAAGUCAGAGCGCGGGAAGGGCAUAUGCCUGAGCCGGCUGCAAGCGGCGAUCGCCAAGGGCCCUGCGGUGCCGGCACCGAAGCAGAAGGCUGAUGCUUCGAACGCCAGCGGAGUUGACUCGGAUUCAGCAAGCUCGGUCUCAAAGAAGGGUAAAGGGGGCGAGCCCAUGUCGCGAUCGAGCUCUCAAACGUCGACAGGGAAGAAGAAGCUGUCACCAUCGGAGGCCCAGGCCAAGCGGCUGCUGUCUACGAAGAAAAAGCCUAUGGCAGCGGCAACGACAAAGCCAACACCGAAAGCCUCAGCCGCCAAAACUCCAGCUAAGGGGGCUAAUGCGAAGGGCCGACAACCCCUGUCUAAGGAGUACGUCUCGGAUUCAAGCUCGACGGACGAUGAAGUGCCCCUCUCGACAUCUAUUGCAAAAUCCAAAACCACGGUUGCCACAGCGUCCAAGCCCGCAUCGCAGGCGGCCGAGAAGCCAAAGGCGGGACAGAAGUUGGGAGAGCCGAAAGUGCCUCCCGCUGCGAAGCCGAAAGCCGCUACGACAGCGAAGACUCAAGUUCAGGAGGACAAGAAACACAGGGAGAAGGACACGAUCCGCGCCCAAGCGACUGCCAAACCGGCCAAGCGUCCGCGGGAUGCCGAGGAGGACGACAGCUCCAGUUCGGGGACCCCGCUCAGCAAGCGUGUAAAGACUGUUUUGAAAGCAACCCCCGCGCCGGCUGCCUCAGCUAAACCACGCUCCACCUCCGGUAGCAGCCAGAACAGCCGCGGAGCCCCCUCGACGGUAGCUGCACCCAAACCAAAGAACACAACUCCACUCAAAUCGUCGCCUCUGGCUUCGUCCCCGCCCACCAAUGCAUCGGAACUGGAGCGGGAAGGGCAGCGGGAACGGGAACCGGUACGAGGAGAGCGGGACACGACAGUGAAGACUACGAGCAGCAGUGGGGCAGCAAUCAAUGGCAAUGCCGGUACCGCGAAGAAGCGGCCGCCGACCGACUCGCUACCCGGAAACAAAGCGAAGCGGCCGCGGCCAUCGCAGGAGACGCUGGAGAUGGCGGCUAGGUUCAAGCGGUUCUACCGGGAGUACGAGCAGCUCCAUCGGGACGUCACCAACAACGACAACCCGGACCCCAACAAGCUGACAAACCUGAUCGAUAUGCACGAACAAUUGAGCAGGAUGAAGAGCGAGAUCUACGCCGCGGUCGAGGCUUGUUGA